AUGACCAAGGAGCCCGCGUUUCAACCCCUCGGGCCCAACGACUGCUCAGACGCCGACGGGAAACGAGGAUGUCAAGAGGGACGAAGUCGAUAUUCGGAGUCGGGGUGGUUUGUCGAAAAGACCCGGCUCUCGGACCCCAUAAACCCCCAUGCAGCUCGCCAGGGCGAGGAUUCAGAACAUGGCAACGAUGUGGAAGUGGAAGAUCCCGAAGUGUCGGGUGCGGGUGGAAGUUGGGACGAGGUGAAGGGGGAGUUGAUUGCUGCUGUACAAAUACGGGCUACCCGUACGGAAUACAGCCACUUUGGCUCGGACGCUGUCACACUGCCGAGGGCUAUGGCCAACUCACCAUUGGACGACCCGAAAGGCACAGGCGCUCGGUACCUUUCGAAGGGUGUCUAUCACCUCCGCACGGUCCCAUUGUUAGCAGUCGACCGAAAAUUUGGCUUAUCCCGCAGCUUUGGCGCCGGGUCCUAGACGUUCGACACACAUACAACAUAGUCAGGGUC